UAGAUCAAACAUCUGAUUAUGAAAUAUAUUAAGAAACCUGAGACUAUAAACCUGGUUGUGGUCCCUUGUAAUAUUGACAUUGCAACAACAGAAGCCUUAAAAAUGGCACAAGAAGUUGAUCCUGAGGGCAAAAGAACAGUUGCCAUUUUGACCAAACCAGACCUCAUAGACAAAGGAACAGAGGAACGCAUUCUGGCCAUUGUCCAGAACAAAGUGAUUCCUCUCCGCAAAGGUUACAUCAUGGUGAAGUGUAGAGGACAACAGCAGAUCAAUGAUGAAAUUCCUCUGGAGGAGGCAGCACAAAUGGAGAGAGAUUUCUUCCAAAACCAUGACUAUUUCAGAUGCCUCUUGAAAGAGGAUAAAGCAACUAUUAAAAAUCUUGCCGUCCAACUAACUCAGGAUCUUGUUGAUCAUAUCAAAAAAUCAUUGCCACAGCUCCAUGAGCAGAUAAAUAAGCAGUUGUGGAGUGUGAAGAGAGCACUUAAGGACUGUGAGAUUGGACCACCAGAAGACCCUGAGGGAGCCAAGGAUUUCCUUAUUAAAACAUUAAAUGGAUUUAAUGAGAAAAUCAAGUCUCUGUCAUCAGAAGAGAUGAUAACUGAGAACAAUAUGUUUGCCCAGCUUCGUGCUGAAUUCAAGAAGUGGAAUGAUUAUCUUAACAGUACAAAGACACCCUUUAACAAUUCAAAUGAGUUAAGCAAGAAUUACAGAGGGAUGGAACUGCCUGGUUUCAUGAACUACAGAUUCUUUAAGAAGAUAAUGCAGGACCAUGUGGCCAAACUUAAGGAUCCAGCCAUUGAUUUACUCAAUGCCAUAAAAGACAUCAUCAUUAAGCAAUUCACGGACGUGGUGAGUGAGUGCUUCCAGAACUAUCAUGUCCUUCAAAACAUCACUAAGGACAAAAUCAACAACAUUCAGUUAACCCAACUAGAAAAGGCAGAGCAGAGGAUCGCAGAGCAGUUUGAAAUGGAAAACAGGAUCUACACUCAAGAUCCCAUUUUCCUGAAGACCUUGAGUGAGAUUACAAAUGAGACUUUUUCAGAAAAGGAGUUACCUGUCUUUGACAAACCAUGCAAGUAUAAACAAAUGCUGGAGGCGUAUUAUGAGAUUGUGGUGCAGCGGGUGGCUGACCAACUGCCCUUGAUGAUCAACUUUUACAUGCUGCAGGAGACGGCUCAGCUCCUGACUAUUGACACAAUGAAAUUACUGGAAAAGCCAGAUGUGCAUGAGCUCCUGUCUGAGGACUCUGAUGUCAGCAGAAGACGCAAAGACCUAAGAGCUCGUCUGAAUCGUUUGACUACUGCUACAAAAACAAUUAGCAAUUUUCUAAAUAAUCACUAGAAGAUAUAUCUGUAAAAACAACAAAAAAUACUAAAUAUAAAAAUACGAAUGUAUCUAAUCUUAAUCUUGUAAUGUAUCUGACAACCAUCCAUUUUCCAGACUUGUUUAAGCGUUGCAGGAUUCGACAAUUUAACCCAUAUAACUUGUGGUAACACUUUAGAAUACUGUUUUAUCAUUACUGAAUAAUGACAAAAGAACACAUGGGUUAUACAAUAUUAGCAAUAUUAACUAAUAAGAUACUCUGAUUAAUGAAUUAGUAAGUUAUAGUGCUUAGUUGCGUUCACUAUUUGCUAAUCAGUAGCAAAUUUUUUUUCUUACCUCCCUUAAGAACUAACAAUAACUACUAUUUACAGGUCCAUAAUUAAUAUAAAUAAUGUAUAAUUAAAUCGGGGCAUAGAGGAGAAACAAUGAUGUACAUUAUAUGAAAGAUAACGUGUUUUUUGAACCUUAAACCAUAUGAACAUUGAUUUACACCAGAUACACAAAAUAAUGUUCUUUUUAGCAACAUCAUAUGACCCCUUUAAGGCAUGUGUAUAUAUUAUGACAAUCAAAAAUUAUUAGCAAGCUAAACAAAGUUUGGUAACACUUUAGAAUAUUGUUCCAUUGUUAAUGAAUAACUAAAAAUUACUAAUGUACUAUUAACAUUCUAUUAACCACGAUUAACUUUCAAAACCUCUGAUUAAUGAUGUAGCAAUAGCACUCUAUUAGCGAAUCAACAAAUAAAAUGUUUUCAUUUAUCCUGGAUAACUAAU